AUGCAUGAUUAUCCUUGGCCUGAUAAUAUGGAUCCAAAUAUCAGUAGUGGACAUUUAACUUACCUGUCUCGCUUUAAACCUCUGGCAGAGAAACCAAAACCAGUGACACUGGAUUUUGAGAAGCCACUGAUGGAUCUGGAAAAGAAGGUUAUGGAGAUACGUAGAAUGGCAGAUGACACAGGCUUUGACUUCAGUAAGCAAAUUAGUGCUCUGGAGAAUAAGUAUCAGCAGUGGAUGGAGCUUCAUGGAGACCGUGCUGGCUAUGAUGAUCCAGCAAUUGUGACUGGUAUAGGGAGUAUGGAUGGAAAGAGUUACAUGUUCAUUGGUCAUCAGAAAGGUAGGAACACAAAGGAAAACAUUGCUCGCAACUUUGCAAUGCCAACUCCUCAUGGAUACCGAAAAGCAUUGCACAUGAUGAAAUAUGCUGAUCACCAUCAAUUCCCAAUCAUUACAUUUGUUGACACUCCUGGGGCCUUUGCUGAUCUGAAGUCUGAGGAACUCGGUCAAGGUGAGGCAAUAGCCAAAAAUUUGAGGACUAUGUUUGGUCUUAAGGUACCAAUAAUAACAGUCGUAACUGGGGAAGGUGGUUCUGGUGGUGCACUUGCCAUUGCCUGUGCUAAUAAAUUGUUUAUGCUGGAGAAUUCUGCCUUUUAUGUUGCAAGUCCUGAAGCUUGUGCUGCAAUUUUGUGGAAAUCUUCGAAAGCCGCUCCUAAGGCAGCUGAAAAGCUAAAAAUAACAGCGCAAGAACAUUACAGACUCGGCAUAGCUGACGGUGUCAUUCCUGUAAGAACUUUGAUGCUUUGCUGUACUUCCCUUAUAGUGAGCCACUGGGUGGGGCACAUGCUGAUCCUACAUGUAACAUGGACUUCUCAACAAAUCAAGCAUGCAAUCACUGAGGCCAUGCAGGAGUUGACAAAAAUGGAUACAGAAGAGUUGCUACGCCAUAGACAUCUCAAGUUUCGGUCAAUUGGACGCUUCCAAGAAGGCAUACCUGUGGAACCAGAGAGGAAACGCAACAUGAGGCCAUCUGAGGUCAACUCAUCCAAGAUUACUGAUAUUGAGGCAGAGCUCCAAAGUCUCAAGAAGAAAAUUUUAGAAGCAAAGGGACCAUUUGAAUUUGAUUCCUUCUCAAAGGAAGCAAUUCAAAAGCUUGUGAAGGAAGCAGACCAGGAGAUAACUAAAGCACUCAUUUCAAUGGGUCUAGCAGAAAAAGUUCAAUCCGUGAAGAUGGAAUUGUCUAAAGCCUCCUCAAACCAACCCCUUAUAGAGGAGAAGGUGGAGAAAAUAAUGCAAGAAAUAAAGACCAAGAUGUCUCAGCCAGGGGCUUAUCUUGGAUUGAAACAGAAGCUUCAGAAACUAGACACUCUCAACAGGCUCAUUGAGAUGAAACUCAAACAAGAAAAAUUGAAACAAGAACUCAAUCAGAAACUUAUAGAUGAUACCAAAGCAAAGAUAGAGAAUUUGAAGCUUGCUCAGGCAAAGAUACCAAAAGGGGAAUCACCAGACAAGGAGUUGGUUGAGAAAGCCGUGGAAGUGAAGAAAGAGUUGGAAGAGGUGCUGAAAUCAGCCAACUUGGAAAUUGUUGGAGUAAUGGAGAGAAGUGUGUUGAAUGCACCAGAAAACAUAAAACAGAAAAUAGCUGAUUUGAAGAAAGAGAUCAUGAAUGAAAUUGAUAGAGUGGUAAAUGAAGAAGGUCUCAAGGGCCAAAUCAAGGAGUUGGAGAGUGAGAUAGCUCAAGGCUCAAAUUCUGAGGAUGUGGAAAAGAUGGAGGCAAGUAUUAAAGAGAGGAUUCUUGCUGCAUUGGAUGUCACAGCACUGAAGGAAAAGAUUGAGAGACUAAGGGAAGAGUUGGAAUCCUCAUCCAAGGAUGAUAAUGAGAGCAAGAUUGUUGUGAAAAAUGAUAAUGGUAAAGCAGGUUCUCAGUCAUGA